AUGGCUUCCCGCCUCAUAACCAGAUCAACGGCCGCGGUCCUCCUCUCCCACCUCCGCUCCAGGACGCCGAAUCCUACCCACCACCUCCUCACACAUGGAGCUGCCAUGUCCUCCCUUCUGGGACCCACUCACGGCCUUCCUGCCACCGCCAGAUCACGCCCCCUCCUCGAGCCGACUCGGUGGUUCUCUUCGCCGGCGCCGGUGGUGGAGGCGCCGAGGACGGUUGACGGCCUGACUGUGGACUCUAUUGCCGACAAGGGCUGGACGAUCCUCGCCGAGGCCGAGAGCGACUGGCGCAGCCACGCCGCCGCCGUCGCGCAGUCCAUCAGGCUUAUUAAGAAGCGUCUCAAGUGGAAAUGGUUACUGGAGAGGUCGAAGCAGUUGGCUGUGGUAUUGGAGAAGCCAGACCUCUGGGAGGAUCCAGUUUUUGCUGGGAAUGUUAGUCGUGAACAAGGCGAGCUCAUGGGCAAGAUUAAGUCAGUGAACCAAUUCGAGCAACAAUUGAUGGAGCACAUCGACAUGUUGAGGCUUGCACGUGAAGAGGGUGACAAUGAACUCGAGACGGAAUCCAUGCGAGCAUUGGCCGAUAUGAGAAGAGAUGCAAAGGAGAAAGAACUUAAUGCAUUGCUUUCUGGAGAUAAUGACGUUUACCCUUGCUUCAUUGAGGUCCAAGCAGGAGCCGGAGGCGUUGAGAGCAUGGAUCGGGCUGCCAUGGUUAUGAACAUGUACAGAUCAUGGGCUCAGAGACGGGGAUACAGAGUCACUAUAAUAGAAGAAAUACCUGGUGAACUAGCAGGAAUCAAGGUUUGCUUGUUUUAUUUUUUUCAUCACUUCACACCACUCAAUCCGAGGGCUACUAUCAAAGUUGAUGGUGAGUAUGCAUUUGGAUAUGCGAAAUCUGAAAUAGGAGUUCACAGAUUAGUGCGGAUUUCUCCAUUUGACAGUGGAAAGCGGCGGCACACUUCCUUUGCUGCUGUCGCUGUCAUACCUAUUCUUGGUGAGGCCUCUAGCCGAUACCAGAUAAACGAAUCGGAUCUUCGGAUAGAACGCUUCCGUUCUGGUGGACCUGGCGGCCAGCAUGCCAACACCACAGAAAGUGCUGUUAGAAUUGUGCACAUCCCAACUGGUACAACGGCAACUUGUCAAAAUGAAAGGUCACAACAUAUGAAUAGGGCAUCAGCAAUGGCGGUGCUUCAAUCUAGGUUGGACCAGCUUGAGAUUACCCGUCAAGCGCAGAUGAAUGCAGAGCACACGCAAUCACUGUCUGAAAUAAGCUGGGGAAACCAAAUAAGAUCGUAUGUGCUACAGCCAUACCGUAUGGUCAAAGAUCUCCGGACAAACUAUGAAGUGUCUGAUCCCGAUUCAGUCCUGGAAGGCGACCUGGAUGAUUUCAUACUGAGCUUUUUGUCAUUAUCAUUGGAUAAAGUUGAUGAAAGUGUCUGA